AUGGCCGCCGCCGACCCGACAUAUCCUCUCUACCCUAUCGCAUGCAUCCUGGCUGCAGCAAUGCUGCUUCUCGUGCUGCUGACGAGCUUCAUUCGACAAAGUUGGAACUUAGGCGUCGCCUUUCUCUGUUUCUGGCUCUUCUGGGAGAACCUUACCCUAGGCAUUAAUGCUGUCAUAUGGUCUGAUAAUGCGGAUAUUAAGCUAUAUGUCUAUUGCGACGUCGUAUCGCACAUGCAAGAGAUCGCUGCGGCUGUCAAGCCCAUGGCCACCCUGAUCAUUACUCGUCGAUUAUACCUAAUCACAAGCUUGCGAUCCGUUGAACCUCCUACAAAAGCGACGAAACGCAGAGAUCUCGCCAUAGAGUGGACACUCGGUUUGGGCAUUCCUCUUUUGGUUGCAGGACCCCUCUACUACGUGGUUCAGUGGCUUCAGUUUGAGAUCAAUGAGGGGUUUGGCUGCACCGACUCCCCCGACGGCUCGAUACUCUCCAUAUUGCUUAUCAAGGCCUGGAGUGUAUUGCCUCCCCUGGUGUCUAUCACCGUCUACUAUCCUCAUGUCGCUCGAGUCUUCUAUCGCCACAAUAGGGAGAUCAAACACUUUCUACAGAGCAAUGACUCGGUAUCCCGAACGAACUACUUCCGGAUCCUUGCUCUCGCAAGCAUUGAUGUCUUGCUUACCUUACCCAUUGGGAUCGCGACAAUCGUCUUGAAUGUGAAGGACUUGUUGACUUCCGGCCCCAUCCCAUUUUACUACGGGUGGAACUACGACCACACGGACUGGCAGCCGGAGAGCGUUACCUAUGCAGAGAUAGUGUCCGACGGGCUUUUCGAAGUAGCACAGUUCUACUUCACUCAUUGGACAUCACCCAUCCUCGCAUUCGUCAUCUUCGGCCUCUUCGGCGUCACAAAGGAAGCCCGCGUGUCGUACUGGCGUGUCAUCUACACCAUCGGCGGCUGGCUCGGCUGGAAGCCGACGCUUCGCACGCGCAGGGCGCGUUCGCCGCUAGGAGAUAUCGAGUUCGGUGAGCGGCCUGCGCAGAACUCCAUGUCGCUGGGUCUUGAAUCGAACCCAAGCUACGUCAACCACGGCGCCCGCGCGCAAGACCAGAGCGGGGAAGGAGGAGUUUCGGGCAAGGCAGAGAACGGCUCGGAGAAGGAUGAGAUCGAGGAAAUACGUCGAGAUGCUGGCGAGGCGGCGUUUGACGAGCGCCGGACGCAGCCUUCCGCGUCUUCCCAGGCUGGCUUCGGUGAUGCUUCGGCCGAGGUAUAG